AGUCCGCAAUGUUUUUUCUUUCCUUGCACAUCAACCAUAUUCCACGUAUUGCGUUAGCUUAGCGAUGGAAGUAGGUUUUGCAGAAGAAUUCUCUCUUCAUGAACCAUCAAGAGGUCCUGGAGAUCAGCCUCACCCUCUUCAAAUCAUCAGGAUUGAAUCAAGCGGCUCCAUGAAAGACUCCACUGUAACACCAUAUGUAGAGGGUAUUUCAAACGAUGGUAAUUUCGGCAAUACUCAGGUGAUCAAGCACUUGUUUCCACAAGAAGCUUGGCUUCCUAUCACAGAAUCCAGAAAUGGCAACGUGUUUUCUGCUGUGGUUCAUUUACUCUCCUCAGGAAUUGGCCUUCAAGCCCUUUUACUCCCUGUUGCAUUCGCCACUCUCGGAUGGUCAUGGGGGAUCAUAUCUUUGUCACUGGCAUUUGCAUGGCAACUUUACACAAUAUGGCUUCUUGUUCAACUUGCAGAAUCAGUCCCGGGAGCACGCUACAGUAGAUAUCUCCUGCUUGCAAUAUCUGCCUUUGGUCCAAAGUUAGGGAAGCUGUUUGCUAUAUUUCCUGUGAUGUAUUUAUCAGGAGGAUCAUGUGUGAUGCUGAUUAUCACUGCUGGUGGUAACAUGGAGACACUAUACAAAAUUAUGUGUGGUGGUGGAGACAGGUGUGAAGCCAAUUCACUGAGUGGUGCCAUGUGGUUCUUGGUCUUCACUUGCAUGGCAAUUCUUGUAGCCCAAUUGCCCAACUUGAAUUCCAUAACCAAGAUCUCGGUGAUCGGAGCAGUCACGGCUGUCGUUUACUGUACUCUGAUAUGGGUCCUGCCGAUAACCAAGGGCAGGCCUAGUGGAGUAUCCUACAGCCCUGCAGAGAUGGGAAAAUCAGAUAUGGCUAAGUUUGGUAAUAUCUUCAAUGCUAUUGGAAUAAUUGUGCUCGCAUUUAGAGGUCACAAUCUUGUGCUUGAAAUACAAGGGACACUGCCUUCUAACCAAAAACAAAAAUCGUCAGAGCCGAUGUGGAGAGGUGUAACGAUUUCAUAUCUAAUAAUAGCAAUGUGUUUAUUUCCACUUGCUAUAGCUGGAUUUUGGGCUUAUGGAAACAAGGUUCCAAUAAACGGAGGGUUAUUGACUGCAUUUUUGCAAGUUCAUGGACCUAAAACACCAAAAUAUGUGAUGGGCAUAAUCUACCUUCUGGCUCUGAUAAACAACCUAACUUCAUUUCAAAUCUACGCCAUGCCGGUUUUUGACAACCUGGAGUUUAGGUACAUUAUGAAGAAGAAGAAACGGUGUCCAUGGUGGGUUAGAAGCGGUUUAAGGCUCUUCUUUGGAGGGUUAACAUUCUUAAUAGCAGUGGCAUUUCCAUUCCUAGGAAGCUUGGCAGCUCUAAUUGGAGGAAUUACAUUGCCUUUGACAUAUGUUUAUCCAUGUUUCAUGUACAUUUCCAUAAAAAAACCCCGCCCGAACGGCACAAUGUGGUGGUUGAACUUCGGUCUUGGUUGUUUAGGCUCGAUUUUGAGUGUUAUGUUAGUUGUUGCAGCACUCUGGAACUUGGCUACCAAACACUUAAAUGCCAAUUUCUUUAGGCCUUAAUUUUGUGUUCAUUACAGACAGACACCUAGAAUUUAACAUAUAUAACAGUAUAAACAGAGAGAACAUUACAUGUACUCAAAAGUAUUAACUGAUACAAUUCCUGAUGUAUAGAAUUAUGUAACAUUUACGAGAAAUACAUUAACUUGA